UCUGUAGCAUUUCUAUACAAAAAUUGUACACAAGUUUUAAUCCCGUGAGUUCCGAAUAUCAAAACAGGGUGCAUUGAAGGAUAGAACUUCAGAUCCUUCCAAUGAAGAAUUUUGGGUUCAUCAGUUAGAAAAAUUGCAGGCAUAAUAUGUCCCACUCUAGGCCCUGCUCUUCAGCGGAGCCCUCACUCAGUUUAGAUGUUAACAAAAUGUUCGACGUUUUCUUGAGCUUUCGCGGCCCAGACACCCGCCAAAACUUUGUGAGACGAUUGUACAAUGCUCUGGUUCAAGAAGGCAUUCUCACAUUCCUAGACGAAGAAAACUUAGAAAAGGGCGACCACAUCCCUUCUUCUUUGGAAAGAGGAAUCAAGGAAAGUAGGAUCUGUAUUCCUAUUUUCUCCAAAAAAUUUCCAGAGUCAAAAUGGUGCUUGAAAGAGGUGUCGCUUAUGGUUAAAUAUGGUGUUAAGAUCUGUCCCCUGUUCUAUGACGUUUUGCCUACAGUUCUUAGGUGCCGGGAUGGAAGUGAAUAUGUAAAGUACUUCAAACACUAUGAAAGCCAGGAAAGAUUACCUGCCGAGUUAAUCCUUGAGUACAAAAGGGUAUUAGACGAUGUUUCCAAUCUCUGUGGUUGGUGUUUCAAUCAAUACACAAGGCAGGAACAACGUCUUCAGGGAGGAAGAUUUGAUCAAAGAAGUUGUGAUCGAUGUUAAAAAGAGCUUACAUUCAAACAGUCUACACAAAGUGUAUCUGGAUAUUCCAGAAUGCUUUGGGUUAGAGUGGCGCGUGAAGUAUCUCUUGAGAUUACUAGAAGUAGCGGAUCAUCAGAAGAAGGUUGUGAAAGUGGGUAUACAUGGUAUGGGUGGGAUAGGUAAAACCACCCUGGCAAAGAUUGUUUGCAAAGAACUUCCAUUCUCGAAGUUCCAAGUGUUCUGUUUUGUUCCAAGCGUGGGUGAAAGAUGUCAAGAGGCGAAUGGGCUUGUAAAGCUGCAGACCCACAUGCUCAAAUGUAUCCCAGGGUUCAGAGAUGAAGUAGAUCAUGUUGACCAGGGAAAGGGUCUGCAACAAAAGUGGCUCAAGGGUAAGAAAGUUCUGCUUCUUCUGGAUGACAUUGAAAGUUCUGAGCAGUUCGAAGCUCUUGCAGGGAAUUACAGCGAUUUCGGGGCAGGCAGCUGUGUGAUCAUUACAUCACGAGAUGAACAAAUCCUAAAAGUGGCUAACGUUGAUGUAGUCUACGAGGUACGAAGGCUUCCUCACAAACAUGCCAUGCAAUUGUUUAAUUUUCAUGCAUUUCCCAAUUCUCCAGAUCAAGAGCUGCAAACUCUGAGCAAUGAUAUUGUUAGUGCCUGUGAAGGCCUUCCACUUGCCCUCCAACUUGUUGGGAAAAGCCUGGUUGGUGAAGGGAAUAGAGAUGUAUGGAAAGAAAUGGUAGGAAAGUUAAGGUGUGAACCUGAUCUCCAAAAGAAACUUAGAGUCUCCUACGAUAGCCUUGGUCCUUUAGAAAAGGAAAUGUUUCAAGAUAUUGCUUGUUUUUUGGCAUGGAGGAAGAAAGAAAUUGCUAUGAUCUUUUGGGCAGGGCUGAUUCCGAGUCCUCACGCAUCUCUCAGAAGUCUCUUGCAAAAGUCCUCGGUAAGUUUGGGCCCUAGCAACGAAUUCCUGAUGCACCGGUGCCUCCGGGAUUUGGGAAGAAGUAUAUCGAACGAAAUAUCUAGAGAGCCCCGUAAACGCACAAGAUUAUUUGAUGAGGACGAUGCGUACCAUGUUUUACGGAGACCCAGUGAAAAGGCUAAGCUUGUGCGUUAUUUUUGGUAUGAGCCCAAGGAGCCGAUGACAUUGAAGGCAGCAAGGUUCAAUCCACUGUACAACUUGCAGUUGCUUUGGCUUACAGAUGUUGCCAUAGAAGGGCACUUUUCUGGGGAAUUCUCCACCUUGGAGGAUUUGAGAUGGCUAAGCUUGAGAAAUUACCCGUCAAAACGUCUACCUGAAGGAAUGAAUUUGCAGAGCCUUGUUAUUCUGGAAGUGAUCCAUAGCCAGAUCACUCAUCUGUGGGACGAAACAGCAGAAGAAAAUCCAGCUAUUAGGCCUGGGAAUCUUAAAGUGCUUAUUUUGAGGGGAUGCGCAUCCUUGAAGUGUCUUCCUGCUACACUAUGCUAUACACCGUUGCAGACGUUGGAUUUGCACAACUGCAAUUCAUUGAGCAGCCUGCCUAAUUCCGUGGGAAGCUGGACCAGCUUAGUUAACCUCGACAUGGAAGGAUGCAGUGUUUCCUCUUUGCCUUAUGACUUUGGCAAACUUGCUAAUCUGCAGGAGCUCAAUCUCUCACGCUGUGAAAAUCUGUCUAAAAUUCCCGAUAGUUUUGGGAAUUUGACUCAGCUGGAAAGGCUAGAAAUUCACCACAAUCAUAAGCUCACAGAGCUGCCCGACAGUAUUGGCGGCCUGAAAUCUUUGGCUUUUCUGGAUGUGAGCUAUUGCCUUUCACUGAGUGGCCUACCCAAUACCGUGGGAAGCUUGAUCAGCUUAGUCUGUCUUGAAAUGGAAGGAUGCGGCGUUUCUUGUUUGCCUCAAGACUGCUGCAAUCUUUCAAGUCUGGAGGAGAUGAAUCUUUCAUACUGUCAACAUCUGUCUGAACUUCCUGAUAGCUUAGGGAAUUUGGCUCAGCUGGUAAUACUAGAAAUUCACCACAUUCCUGGGCUUACGGAGCUACCCAAAAGCCUUGGCUCGUUGCAGCAGUUAUCCACGCUCAAUCUAGUGGGCUGCAACACUAUCUCUUGUGGGUCUCUCGAAAGCUGCUUGUCUGGUCUCCCGGCUCUCGAGUGUGUUUUUGUUGGCGGGCCCGACUUCUCAUCGGCCCAAUUACAAAUAUUUUAUGAUUCCUUCAAGGACUUCUCUUUCAGCGAAAAUUGUCUGCUGGCUAAUCCACAGGCCUCUGCAAAUUGGGUACAAGGGGAGGCCUAUGGAAAGGACGGCUAUAGUAUUGAUUAUUGCACAAAUGAGAAUUGUGCAGGAUAUAUUGUUUGUUUAGUCUCUUCUGGCCAAAUCCAAGUCCAUGAGGAUUGUGAGGUAAACCAUGGUAUUAACAGGUUAAGCUACACAAUUCAAAGGGAUGACGAUUUACUUAAAUGUCCAGUGAACCAUCAAAAUUCAAGUAUAGAUAGUGGCGAUUACUUGGAAGUGCGUCUUGUACGAACAGACACCACGUCAGACUUUGCUUGGUUGAAGAGGGGGAAUAAAGUGAGGGUGAAUGCGACGUCCGAUUAUGAGAAUUGGAAGGCCUCUUUUAAAUUUCUGAUGUAUGAAGAAACUACGUCCUCUGAAGAACAUAAGGCUCCCAGAAUGAUCACUUUUGUUAUGUAAACCAACGUGACAGUGAUAGGACUUGGCACUACUUAUAGUGACUGAAGUGAAUGUAUAAUUGUAUAUAUUCCGCUCUCUCUUUAGUGUAUAUAUUAAUGUAAAUGACCAGAAAUUUUUAUUGUA